UAUAUCUUCCCCCCUUCAUCGUCAGACCCAAACUUCGCUCUGCUCACUCGGGCUUGUUCCCUCCAACCUCACCUCGCGGAAACAAUACAUCAACAACCACCACCACCGCCAAUCCUUGUCCGUGCAGCGCAACCAGCGUCUAACCCCUAGCUCGUCUUCGUACCUCUUCUUCUCCACGGCCACAUUGUUGACAGCAGCCUUGGGGCUCAAGCCUUCCGGCUUCAACACAACAUUCCUUGCCGAGGUCUACAUCUCUCGUAACCUUCAAUAUGGACGGCGAGGGAAAGAGUUGUAUUAUCCCGCCCUGCCGAACCUGCACCAACCCAGAUCCCGCCGCCGUAACCUCUCACCCACCAGAGCUCCCUCCAAGAAUCGGCAACCCCCGUCGCCAUUUCCUGACCCUCCCCGCCGAAAUCCGUCUGCACAUCUACCAUUGGCUGAUCCCCCCAGAUGGCACCGUCAUCGUCCUCCCCUCGUACGACGGCCAUGACCCCUGCAGGGACUGCCGCGCCGCAUCACACAAGCAGCGCCCCUCCACCACCACCCGCCGCCGUCUCUUUCGCCCAUGGCGCCAGCGGGGGUGGACAACCAACACUAACACCACCACUACCAUCAGCGACGGCGCCACAGGCAUCAUCGACCCACCAAUGAAAUGCCGUGCUGCAGAGUUACUGCCGGAAGACCAGCUCGCGCCCGUGGCCCGGUACCAUGUUCGCGGGUGCGGCUUUUGCUGCAGCAAUGGGGAGUGUCGGGCGCAGGCCGACGCGGAGAAGGCGCGCCGCGAGGGAGGGAUCGAGGCGCUUGCGACUGUGAUGGGACUGAUGGGGACGUGCAGGGUGCUGUACGCGGAGGUAUCGGACGUGUUUUACGCGCGCGUCAUGUUUCGCGUGCGGUGGAUGGAUUUGAUAUACGGUUGGAAGACGGGCGUGACGGCGCUGUUGAGGUCGGUGAGGAGGCUCCUGGUGUAUGAGUCGUGGAUUUUGGAGAAGGACGUGCCGGCUCUUUUGAGGCUGGAGAUGCCCCGUCUUCGGCAGUUGGUGGUUGACUUUCCUCGAUGUCCUGGGAUGGUGGGCGACCUGUGCCAUCUGCUUGUGCAGUGGGUGGCAAAAAACCCGAUGCCGGAGCUGAGGGUGCUGCGGUUUCUCUACCGGUAUCAGUACCAGGACUGGUUUGGGUGUGCUCACUCCCUGGGGAAGCUGAAACAGGAGUUGGAUAGCAUCCUUGAUGCGUUCGUAUCGGAGCCUGUCGACGUCGGGGUCCUGGCCAUUCACCAGCCUUGGGAAGGGCGUCGGCCGCCUGGGUACUGUUGUGAUGGCCGGACAACUCCUGGAUCCGUCUGCGAGUGCAAGUUGCUAGGUGUCAUCGAGUUCCCGUUUAAGCUCCUAUUUGUCCUGUUGACUGACUUCAUCUUGCCAUGCCUGACCGUCCGGCGCACAUGAAGCAAGGCGCACGGACGUAGGGCGAUAUCUGCCCAGAGGCUACCAUAGCUAUGCAUAUAUGCAUACAUGUAGAUGAUGCUUUCUGAUGGCAGCAAAGUGGCCUCCAAGGGACUGGGUGUUGGGCGACAGAGGUAUUUAAGAGGAAUCAUAUGAGCGAGCGACUAGGAUAAAGUCAGCAGGGCCAGAGUCGAGGUGGCCUUGGGAUAAUCCUUAAAGGUAUUUACUUCCUGUCUGGUGCCUUCCCGGUCAAGUUGGCCUCAGCAAGUAUUUAUCUUUCAAGGCUGUGAGCUGGCGGCACCGAAACAGGGUCUCUCAUCCAUGGCGACUCGGUAGGCCGGAUGUAAUACAAAACUCAACACUCACGGAUCACAAGCUUCUCUCAAGUUGUUUACCUUGAGGGUACCCAGGUAAUAGUCCGGGGUCACAUGUUAAUACAUGUUGUUAUAUGCGAGGCAGUC